UUCGCCCAUCGCCCGUAUGUAUACAUUUCAGUCGUACGUUUUGUCUGCAAAGUGUGAAGGAUUAUCAUCUGUUCGGUAAAAUUCGGUUAAUUAGUGUACGUGUUAUUGUUAUUCAAAAAUAAAAGAACAUCCUCUUUAAAAAAUGUGAACGAUUUAAAUAAUGUGUAGUAAAUCGACUGUACCCGCGUCUGGAAGUGCUUAUUGGAAUUUAAUUACCAUGGAUUACUGGAUUAAUGUCUAAAACUUAUAUGGAAACAAUAAAAUAAACAUGGUGAACUAACAAGAAAAUGUUAUGAGACAUUUCAUGGUGAUAGGACAUCUUAAUUAGUUAACUAAAAUGUAAAAGUUGUGACUAACCCUAGUGUUUGUGACUAUUUAACCUCCCCUGUAAAAACUAAUACCCGUAGUAGACAGUAGGAACCAUGUUUUAUCUAACUCGUCGCAGAAGAGGGCCAGCGCACGUCAAAGGGGCUCGGCCCUUCAUCAUGGAAGUUUUACCAGACAAUUUCAGACGGAAGAUCUUGCUGAAAGGUAAAGGAAUGACCGAGGUUGGGGUAAUCCGGGGAAGCCCGGAUUCCGACUGCAACAGCAACCACCAUGGAUCAGCCAGUUACCUCAGCAAUACCUCUUCUCAAGACAUCGACUUCAUACAAGACAAUUCUGACUACCAAUGGUUUAUCGACUACGGGUAUAGAGAUGGAGGAACCAAUAACCACACUAGUAUUCUAUCUCUCCCCGAAUCAUACGAAGCCGGCGAUCUCAACUAUUACGACGCUUUCGCGAAAAACAUGGACGCAAAUUUGGCAGAGGCUGACAUGGAAAGUUUCCGAACAGAAGAUAUCCACGCUUUGUUGACGAAUCUACCACCGAUGUGCACGGAUCAUUUAAGUCAAGAGAAUAAUCGACAAGGAGAAUGCUACGCCAGCGUUUCAGGCUCAAUGAUGGCGAAAUUCGACUUGGACAGUUCCAUCAGCCCACACAGUAGCUCUCAAGGUGACGAAUGCUCAGCCAACUCCAACUCCAUGUCGAUCUGCAAAUCGGAAUUGCUCUUCAGUCCAGUCAAAGAAACACCUGUGCCUGUGAAUUUUAGCGUAGACUCUUUGGAUUGUGAUUUUCAUGAUAUGAUGUUAACCUGCCAGGCUAACAAAGAUAACUAUACCAUUGCGUUCGAAGGAUCAGUUACCAUGUAUUCGGAAGAUAGUGAUUACAAUGAAAAAGAUAAGAGCCCGAAUUCCCAUCAUUCAGACAGUGCACAUUGGUCGAGUAACUUAAACGUUCCGAAAAAGAAUCUCAAAGUGCUAGACAACUCAAUGACCAAAUCGGACUCGAGCAGUUUCACCACGUGGAGCAAGCUGAAGAAGCGGGGCAGCGAGAACCAUCUUCGACGACAUCCUUCGGGAAACAAUAACAAUUCAGGAAGUGAAGCUAGUCAUUUAGGUUUAACGGAUGUGGGAGCUAAGAGCCAAAGUAUGCCCAAUUUGUACAAACAGAAGCUGAAGAAUCUGUCGGUGGUUAGCGAAUAUUCCAAAAAUAGUUCGACUGAUACAUGCACGGUGAAAAGACGUCCGGUCAAAGUGUUUGACAUUCAACAUCAGGCCAGCAGUAGCGGCAGCGGCAGUGUCUCAGAAAUGGCCACCUCAGUAGAUGCUAGUUUUAGUGAUAACGUCAACACCAAACAACCAAACUUUAAUCUGGUCAAACUUUUUAUGAAACAGAAAAGCAUGAGUGUGGAAGGAAUGUCAACUACCAUGGAUCAACUUCAGUCAUCUUCAGAAAACUGGCCGCCUAGUCAGUCAGCGGAAAGUUCUUCGUAUGAAUCCAAAGAAAACGAAAAUUUGAAAGCAAGCGCAGAUCUCAAAAUAAACGAUUGCACGAGAACGUACGACUUAAUAGCAGAAGAACCAGAAGAAGAACCAUCAAAGUGCGAAGUUGUAGAUCAACUUGCCGAAAGCCUAUCAAAAUUGGAUCUGAGUGGAAAAGAAAAUACUCAAAAACCUGAAAAAGUGUUACCUAAAAAUGUGAAUAAUAACAAUAGUUUUAGUGCUGAAAAAUCGAUGAAGAUGAAUAUUAAGAAUAUACUAAUGAACAGAAGUAUACAAACUUCCCAAUCCCAAUUUUCAGAGAUAACUAAUCUCAAAAACGCUAACAAAACUUGCUUCGAUAAUACUAAAAAACAAAUCAAAGUAGUAGAACCGUCUUUCCUAAAUAAACUGAAGAAAGAAGGUGAAGGCGAAAAACCAGUCUAUGUUUUGUAUCCCAACUAUGUUCUACCUGACUUAGAUUUUCUUAACGACAAAAACGUCGGAUCCGAUCUCCUGCUACUUCCUCAAAAACCACCAGUAGUGAGCAAUAAACGCAGACCAUUUAGCUGCAAUGAUCUGGAGUCUUUGAAAAAGAAGGGAUUCAGUCACGUACAAGACUGGGAUUCACUCAAUGUGCUCCUUCCUCAGGAGUACCGAAAAAUCUUAUCCGAAGUACCGGAAGUAUCUGAACAUAUCAAAAUGUCGGCAAGGGAAAAGCCAUCUUUUAUCCAAAACAAAUUCGCCAAAAGACGUCCGCUAAGUUGCGAAAUCAACCAGUCUUCCAGUUCAAGCACCGCCACCCAACCUAGCUCCGGAUACAGAGGUUCUUCUAGUUUGCUGACUGACUCUCAGAACAGUCCUGUUCCCAAUAACAACAUCAAUCCUUUGUUCGUUUAUCGGUAUGAUAGUGUUACCAGCUCAGAAGCAAGUUUGUUGACCAGCGAAAAGCAACGCAGCAUUACCACCACUGCACCCGGAGUGCCAGUAAGAUGUGUUAACACUCAUCAGGAGGAGUGUUUGCCUCCUAGACCGCCGUUGCCAAGAGGAAUUUUGAGGAAAGGUUUAGAUAAGGUGGACGCCAGCAAAAGAUACAGCAUGUAUGAAACCAGCGAGGAAGAAAAUGUAGAAGACAUCAACUACAAGAGGAAAUCUUUCCCAGAACCCUACUAUAUUUUACGAAACAAGAGAUUUUCUGAAACAGAAGACGAAGGUGUGGACGCUGGCACGUCCAGUAGCAGCCUUGAUGAGCAUCCAGACAGUCUUCCUCACCAUCAUACAGAGUUCAACUUAUCAAAUAUCAGCAACGACGAACUGGCUCAAUUGGAAGAUUUCUUGAAGUUAAGCGGAAUUUCGUCAUCGGACCAAGAAGAUAUUUCAGAAAAGAGUCUUGGUCACUUAAGAUCCUACGUUAGCAAGUUUUUGGCUUUGAAGAUCAAUCAGGAUGGAAGUGAACACUUCGGAGGAAAGAAAUGUGUCAGUUUUGCUGAAAAGGUUAAUGUUUUACCGAAACAUUUGGAGACCAAACAGUUUAUUCCACCUAACAACUCACCGAAUGUUUCUGCGUUUGUGCAACAGAAAAAUUACCAGACUAAAAACCUGACCGAGAUGCCCAUCUGCGAAGAGAACGAAAACAGUCCCAAUUAUUCUAGUCCUCAAACUACGCCAAUUCACCUCAACAAAACCCUUUCCGAUAACCUCAUUCAAAAACGUUCUCUAAUCAGUUCAGUUACCGAUUCAGUCGAGCAAAUCAUGCACCAUUUCUCACUGGCAUCCAAUCAGAUCGAACUAAACGCACUGGGGGACUCAAGCAUCAAUCCCGCAUGCGCCAAAUUGGCCUUAACCACUCUUUGUCCGGCACUCUACGCAAUAUUAAGUGACGGCUUGAAGCCGAGCCUUGAGACAAGUUUUGGAGCUAUACAUAACUCUGUAUGGCAAGUGGUAGAGGCUUCUUCGCAGCAAGGACCUCUUACCAAAGCACUGCAUGAUUUAGUGAUGCGUAUUAACAGCGAAGAUGCCAUAACGGAAGGCCUGGUCAAAUUCAACGCUUUCGUCUUCGGAUUGCUCAACGUGAGGUCCUUGGAUGCUUGGGCUAGCUUUCUAAGAACUAGGGAGAGCGUGCUAAAGAAGCAUUAUACUGCUGAUUCGUUGUUGGUGAUGUCGCAUACUGGAGGAGCAAACAUCAGAUCUCUGUUGGAUACGAUGAUCGCUGCUUUGCAGCCACUUGCCUUUUUGCCUUUCCAGUUGGACUUGCUGUUUGAAUUCAAGCAACUACAUCAAAGCUUUAAGAGAAUGGAUUCGUAUCAUCAACCGUUUAGUCCUACGCACAAGCAGUCUCCAUCGCCGAACUUCAAGCAAUUUACCUCCGCAAAACUGGAAUUAUCAAGAUCACGUUCUAAUUCAGAAUCUGAGGAAAUAUCAACAGCAAACACUGUAAGAAAUUUCUCCUGCAGAGAUCAAGAUCUCCCUGAUCUGAUAAGCACUUCUCCAGUAUCAAAAUCUAAACUACGGGCUGAAAAAGAAAGACCUCGGUCGUGUGUGGAGAGCAGUGGAUCUCAUCCCAGCUUUAAAUUAGGGGAAGACGUAAAUGAUAUAGCAAAGAAACGCUGGUCGGGAAUUGCUUUAACCUCCAAACUCUACCAAGCUUACGACAGACUGGCUAAAGAGGAUGAAGAAUAUACGGAUAGCUUAGAAAAUCCUCGGAAUGAUAAGAGCGAUGAAUCAAAUUCACAAGAAAAUGUUCCUCCCUUGCGCGAUGAUCAGGAACCCGAGUCAUUGGAUUCCAACUUUUCUGAUGAAAAGCCAAUAAAUGGCAGAAGAUUUAAGAAACUGCAACAACGUUGGGAGAUGCUAAGCGGGCAGAAUUCAACAGAAUCUCCACCACCAUCACCAACACAUGUGACAAAAUCAAAAAUACCGAGACCCAUCACUUCCCCCAUCAAACCCUCUGGUAUACCAAUACCUGUGAGUACCGCGAAGACUGUGAAAAAAGUUACCACGCCGCCAGGAGGUGGGAAAGUUAUGCAUUGCAAAUCUUUACCGAAUGUUAAAAGCUCACCAAUGAAAAGAAACGUGCCCAAUACAAGGGCGAGUAGGAUGGACCAAUUGGACCAUCCACAUGAUGCAGUUAGGCACCCCCAAAGACCUAGUAGUUUACCUUACAACAAGCCCACACAAGCAAAUGGAAAAACGUCCAAAAUAACACCACCCAGACGUGCAGCGUCAAGUUCAUUAAGCAGAAAACCACUUACUCAGUCAACACCGAAGGUUGUGCGAACGAUAAGUCAUCGAUUACCGUCAGAGAGCGGACAUCUGUCCUACAAUGAAGGUGAGAGACUUCGCGUAGUCUUAGAAGUCGACGAAAAAUGGCUGUUGUGUUGCAGAGGCACUCAAAAGGGACUGGUGCCCAAAUCGGCGGUGAUUGCGGACAAGGGACGUUUCUGACUGUAAAUAAAUCAUAAGUAGAUUAAAUGCUGAGUUGUAAAUUUUUAUACAGACUGCACUUGUAACGUAAGACUAACCACGAUCGGCGAGUUGUUAAGGAGAUUCAUAAUGCCAGGUUCACAUUAUUCCAAUCCAGUAAUCCAGCGAGUAAUCCAGUCGAACAUCGUAUCUGGACCACAUACUUCGAAACGAUAAAUACUCCCUGCUACACGUCAUCAUACAAAGAAGAGUAAACCUGAAAGGUUUUUAAAGAAAGAAGAAAUCUUGGCUGGGGAAUAUCAGAGAUUGGACUAACCUCAGUGUUGAACAGAUACUUCACGUUGCAAAAGAUAGGGAAGCAUUUAAAGAAGUGAUGUUCGUUAGAAGACGGUAUAAUAAGAAGAAGAAUCCAGUCAGAUGCUUGACUAGAUGAAAUUAUCCACACUAUGCCAGUCAUUCAAAUGCUAUAAAAACGAUUCCAGUCAUUCAAAAGAUGUAGUGGAAGAAGAACUAAAAAGAAAAAAGCAAAUUUGGGUGAGAAACUGGAUUAGCGAAAGAAAUGAAAAAGGAGGCUUACAAUGCUUGUGCAACAGCUGAAUUCAGAAUGUGCCUUUGAAUACAGAUUGGCAGUGUCAAUUCCACAAAAACAAUAUUGCGUAUUCACUGUUCAACGUGUAAUCAAUGCAUGGAUUGACAGUUCACACUAUUCUAGUGGCGGCUGUCAACUGGACUGGAUUGAUCACGGGAAUGCUACAUUCCAGUGAAGGUUCACAUACUCCUGUGUAAUUCCAAUGCUCGACUGGAAUGCUGGACUGGAAUAAUGUGAACCGAGCUUAGGGAUGCUGCUGCUUUCGCAAGGGUGUUGAGAAGACGAGUGAACAUGGGCCUAGGUCAAAUCUUGUUAAAGAAAAAUAAGGGAAAAGAUAUUUAUAGAUGUUAGUUAAUCUUUACACGUAGUUUUAUUUAUUAAAAAAAGUAUUAUACAAUUUAAUGUGAUCAUAACUUAUUUUAAAGAUAUUUUGACUUUUUAUAUUUACCUAUUGUUUAGUAAAAUUUGUCAUAGGUAUCAUUUGUGAAUUAGAAUUUAUAGAUACUCUUUAAACUUUUUUUUUAAAUUUUUUAUUUUUAUUUUAUCGUUCAGAUAUAGGGCAUCUUGGUUUGGGAUUAUAUUAUUUUUAAUUAAUUGCGAAUAUUUUCCAAAUAAGUUUAUCCUUAAAUAGUGAACAUUAUCUGAUAUUAUAAAAUAUGUAUGAAAUACACAAUACUAUGUUUAUUAUUCACUACGUUUAAUCUUUAUUAAUUAGUAAUUGGCUAUUUACUAUAUUAUGCAUUUAAACUAUUUAUGGAAUUGACAGUUACUUAAUAUAAAUUUAUGUUAUGUAAUAUAACAUAUAAAAUAAAGUGUUGUUUUUAAACUUCACAGAAUAUAAGUUUAACUUAACUGAAACAUCAGUUUCCUCAGAAAGAUGACUUACGACGCGUUAGUCAGUAUAUACACAGGCAAGGAGAAAGAACAUAAAGUACUUCUUCUGGGUAAGAGGAUCAAUACUCGAUCCGUUAAGGAACGGGAAAGCAACAAAUCAAUACUUAGUCGCUGCGGCAGGACUCAACACUAUAAGACCCUGUUUUGGAGCUGCUACUAAAUCAAUACUUUAGCAGAAACGGUUGGCCUUCAGGCAAUACCCUAGCGCCAUUGGAUAGAGAGAGAAAUACCUGUAAGAAAUACCAACGGUAACUUUCUAUGAUUUGUAUGUUCGUUGAGAAUUAAAUUUAUAGUUUUAGUACGAUUAACCUCUAAGAAAUUAGACUUAAAUUAGAUUUGUCCAAAAUAUUAGAUUGAACUGUCUUAAAAAUAUAGACUUAAUUCUAAAUGAACAAAUAGCGCUAGGAGGUCAUCAUUACUGUCUAUAACAAAAAUUUAGUUAGAUAGAAAGAGGAAACUGAUAUUUCAGCUGAAGAUAUUGACUGUAUUCAGUGGACAUUAAAAACAGUAUUGCAUUUUGUUAUAUUAUGUGCAUUAAACUAAAGGAUACCAAUAACAAGUUUUGACCUAGAACUCUCCGACCUUACCUACUUAUACAUGAUUUGUCGAAGUUGUGGUGCCCAUAGUAGCCGUAUUACCCUGUAUAUUCUUAAUAGUAACUUGUUAUUAGGGGUUAGAUUCAAAUAUUGUUGCUGCUUGUUAUUGUGAUCAUUACUGCUGACUUUAGAUAAACAGUUUCGUUGCCCUUAAGUGAUAUAGUAUUAAAAAAUACUAGGUACUUAAUAUUAGAGGCCAUAUUUGUAUUUAAUGGUUUUCACAUUUAACGUUUAGUUAUAGGUAUAUUCAAGAAAAUGUUACAUUGAUUGAUAUAGUGGUACAGGAAACUCCAAUGAUAAUGAGGUUUAUAAGAUCAGAUCAGGCUAUACUGUGUAAAUUUUUUUUGUUGAUUACCGUACUGUGUCUUGUGUCUUGAAAAAUAUUUUUUCUAUACCCUAUACAGUGAUGAGAUGGAAAAUAUAUUAAGUUGCGAGAUAAAAAGAGAUGAAAAUAGUAGAGGUGGAAAAUUUAGCGAUAGAAACCUAUAAAUUUACAUUAUAUUGAUUGUUUCCAAACUUUAGAAGUAUCAGAGGAGUAUGUCAACUAAAUCUGCCACUGUCAUAGUGGUAGUUGCCAAACUCGUCCGAUACGUCUAAAGGUGGGAAACAUUCAAUACAAUGUAAAUUUAUAGGUGUCUAUCGCUAAAUUUCCCACCUCUACUAGUUCCAUCUCUUUUUAUGUCACAACUUAAUAUGUUUUUCGUCUUUUACGUUAUUGCCGGUUAUUAGCGCACUCAUCACUGCAUACGUAUGUUUGCGCCUUUUUGACAGGUUUUUAUCCUGCUGUCAGGCUCAUUUCCCUCUUCAUCUUCAAAAGUAUAAUCUGUAAUGGAUGAUUAAGUUUCAUAAUUUUCGGAUAACAGACUGUUUUGUUUGUGUGUUCCUGUUCUCUUCUUAUCCAACGAGAAGCUAGAGAAUGAGUUAUCCAUAACCAAAUAUAAAAAACUGUCUUGCUUCUUAUACUUCUAUGUUUUUUGUAUUCAUUUAAAAGAUCUGUAUUAUUUAGCCUUUUAGUCCCCACGCAUUGUUGCAUAAAAAGAUUAUCCUCAAAUAUUUGUAAAUAAAAACACUGAUUUCUUUACAAUGUUAACAAUUCUCCUAGCGUCUCUGACGUUGAUCAUAAUCAUAUUUUAAGCUAGUCAAUUAUACUGGUGCUGCUAUUAUUUUAUGUAAUAUCUCUUCUUUCUAAGCCCUCAUUUCGAAUGAUUCCAAUCUUUUCAUAUCUUUAUUACUUAUAAAAGGGUGAUAUCUGCCCCUAUGCUAACAAACCUGUUAUUGUUGUAUUGUUUUUGGGAUUUAUCGACUGUAAUCUGGAAUGAUUUCUUCGUAAGUCUCGUCUGCGCAGUUGCAGACGAAAAGCAACUGCCUGUACACCCCAGAAAUAACGUAUAGUAUAAAAACACUCAUCAACAAAUCUGUUCUUGUAGAGACGAAUUAGAUUUAUAUAAUAUUGAUUAUAUUAAUAAGAAAAUUAAACCAUAUCAUAUGAGUUACUGUUCACAAUUUUAACGACAGCUAAACGGUUUGUUUUCCAAUUUUAAAGGUCAUUUUGAAUGAAAUAUCCUUCAGUAAAUAGCGUAUAUGUAUACUUUCUACUACCAUAGAAAUGUUCAAGAUUUAUUGUUUUGAAAUUACAAAUAAUCAAACAAAUAUUUUUAUUUAAAAUGAUUUUAUUCGCUUAUUUUCUUCCUGGUGGUUGGGUCUUUACUUUCCUACGAAAAUAUAGAUUUUGUAUCGGUAAAAGUGAAUACCUUUACUAACAAACCAUCCCACCUUCCUUUCCAAUUUCUUAUUCUCGAUUUCACUUUGAUUCUAAUGUAAUUUAGGCAAUCACUAAUAUACCCCACCCACUCUUCACUUCCUUGCAUGCUAAUAGAUUAAGAACUACAUUAGAAUUCGAUACAAAAGCACAAUAUCACAGUUCACUAAAGGUUUAAGUGGCAUUGAACUUAAACUUUGAUGUGAGCUUGCACCUAUAGAGUUUAUAAAUUUUUGCGCACCAGAGCUUCUUGGUGGGCCGAGUAUUUUUGGAAUACCCAAGGAUCCAACCCUAACAGCUCAAAUCACCUCUUUUUUUUCAAAAAUGGAGAAAUUUGUCAUAAGAAUAUCUUAUUUAAAUAAUGUACAAUUAAUAAGUUGUUAGUACAUGCAGCAAGAUUAUUUAUAUUUAAUUUAUUUCUGCGCGUUUUGCAAAAUACAUUAAUAUUGGUAACUUUUAUUCCAACUUUCUCCAUUUUCAAAUCUAUUUCACUUACGGCUAUAUGCAUUUAUAUUUUUUAAUUAUUUUGGUACUUUAAUUUUGCUAAAUUUUACUUUUUAAUUUUUUUUUUAUUUUUAUUUUCUCUAAGAUCUCAACAAAAAGGUAAUGUAAAAAAAUAUGUUCAUCGUAUAAUCACAGUAUAACUAACAAUCAGUAUUCCCACUCUGAUUUGGCAGUAAAGAUCACACAUGUUUACUAUACAGGCAGUGACACCAUCUUCUCAGAGGGCAAAAUUUGCCAUUGUUAUUAAGUACUUUGAAUCCUCUGCAUUGUACUGGACCGAAUUAUUUAAUAUGUUUAUAGCAGAUUAACUAUAUUUAUUCAUUUUUUUUUCUUAGUGGAUUGAUUGUAGAUUUAUUUAAAAUUAAAUUAAAAUGUUUAUUUGGGCAAUUACGUGGUAUAACUUUUCGAUAUGUACAAAAUGACUAGUAACACUUAUGUCGCUAGAAAUUGUUGUAAUAACUCUCAAAGAAAGCAGGAUCAGUGUCGUUAAAAUAAUUUUCAAAAUAAAUUAAAGUUGGCUCUGUCACGUCCAAAUGGGCAGUGCCAUGCCUGAUUUAUCCUCACACAAUAUGGCGUCAAAACCAAAAGAGAUCAAAGGUACCGCACCAGAGUGAGAAUACUGAUUGUUAGUUUAUAGUGUGGCUUCAUCAUAAACAUGUUGCUAUGUCAUUCUUGUAACAUUUUCUACGAAUAUACAGUUUAAGCUAUUGUGAUAGAAAAAUCUCAAAUAUUUUGCUUAUUCUAACUAGUAAAUACUAAUCAUGAGAAGUAUUAUAGGAGUAUAUAUUUACACAGUAAUGAUUGAUGUAAAAAUUUACCAAAUAUUUGUGACGGUGGCCUUUUGAUUGUAAAUUUUCGAUAAUUGUGUAGUUUGAAAUAUAUUACAGCUUUAGUGGUACAAUCAUUGACUGUAACAUUCAUAAACAGCAAAACAGAAAAGAAAUUUCUGAAUAGUGUGUGAAUUUUAUGGUCGUUAUUUGUAAACUAAGCUGUAAAAGUCUCCAUAUGUUAAAAUUUAAACCUUAUUUUUAAAUAAAUAUUUUUUAACUGUUUUAUCGAACCCUGUAACACAAUAUUACACUUCUUCGGAGUUAUCGAUAGCUUUUCUCGACGGCCCGCACGGCUGACGUGUUUGAUUACUCAAUGGUCAAUUAUGGCCCAUAUGGUAAAACUCACCUCUCUACCACCAUCCCUUAGCUGCGAAAGACUAAAAUAUAAGUUAAUACAAUGUGAAUGUAGUUUUAAAUUUUGACGUAAUAUUGUUUUAUUAAAAUUUGGAAAAACAUUUAUAUGUGUAAUUAAACCACACAUAUUCUAUUGAUCCGGAUCGAAGGACCAACAUUUUCCAAAUUUUUAAUAAAACGAUGUUACGUAAAAACAUAAAACUACGUUAACAUUGCACAUUGAGCUUAUAUAACUUUUGCCGCUAAGGGGUGGUGCUCGAGUGCUAAUUUUUACCAUAUGGGCUAUAUGUUACCAUUGAACUUAGUAACCAAAUACGUCAGCGGUGCGGGGCGUAGAGGGAGGCUAUAGAUGAACCCGAAGAAGUGUAGUAUUGUGUUACAGGGGUAGAUCAAACAGUUGAACAAAUAUGGAUAGGUUUUAUAUAUGGGGAAGACUUAUUAUAUUGUUGUCCUUAUUUAUUUGUAUAUAUGGAUUCGAAGGAUGAGAUAUUAAUGUGAUGUAUAUAAUCCUUACCAAAGUCCAACUCGAACGAUCUGACCGAUAUAUUCCGAUAAGCUAAGUUCAAUUUUUGGGAGCAAUUCUUUCGUUUUAACCCUCAUUUUUAAUUCAUCAUUAGUAGGUGCCAUAAACACCUCUUUCCUUUUUGACCAUUUAUUGUAUAAUAUAAAUUAAACAUUUAGUUUUUAAGUUCCAUGUAAUGUAAAAGAUCCUUGUAGAAAUCAACCAUAAUAAUAUAUGAUUAUGAUCAA